CUUUUUUGAUUGCCUAAGAAAAGUGUAAUUGUCCGUUAAAACAAUGAAAAUCGGUUUCCUUUUUGUCAUAUUUUACCUUGUUGGAGUAUGUGCCAUAUAUAAAGAUAUCGUGUUAGUGAUCGAUACAUCUGACAGUGUGGACGCAACAGAUCUAGGAGAUGCCAUUGAUUUCAUUUAUAACGUCACAAAAUGGAUAAAAAUAGGUCCCCAAGACAUUCAGGUGGCCGUGGUAACUUACGCUAGUGACGUCAAAGAGCAGUUUGACUUGGAUGACUAUGUCGUUAAUUCUACGUUACUUAGUGCCAUUGAACGGCUAAAAACGACUCUCAGGACUGGGGGAGGAACAUACACGUUUGACGCCCUGACAUACGUCAAAACUACGUCAUUCCUGUCCAUGCGUGGAGCCAGAAAUAACUCCAUGAAAGCCGUUCUAGUAAUGACUGAUGGACAAUCAACAAAUUAUCCUCUGACUGUAAGAACAGCCAACGAGCUGAGGUCAGAUUUAAAUGCAGAAGUGUUUGCAAUCGGGAUCGGGGAGGAUUCGAAAAGAAAUCCUGAGAUUCAGGGAAUAGCGAGCGAUCCCGACUCCUAUUACGUGUAUUAUGUAGACUCCUUUGAUUAUCUAUGUAGUGUUGUACCGACCCUCGUACCAAAACUAGAUCCCGAUGCUGGUCAGGGAAUCUCCACUUGCCCGACGGAACAAGAGGUGACGACCCCACAAAUGGCUAAGGCUUCUUCGAAUUCUGACGUCAUCAUUGCCACUGUUGUAUUGGUUGCGGCUGCACUCCUUACUGCCACUAUCACAUCCGCUGUUAUCAUUGAGAGAUCCACGCGAGCUGCACCCUAUUUGUCUCUUGAGAACCAGAUCUCCACCAUUGUAAACCAGUACGGAAACGCCCCUCUAGGGGAAUCCCCAGCUAACUUCGACUCCACACAGCUUUCCAGCACACCGGACCUGGGACCUCGCGAAAUCAACCUUGACAUAGUGUCCCCCACUGAACUCCCGCCUCGUCUGGAUCCGCUCCCCAUCAGGAAUCUGGAACUACUGUAAAGACAAGAACGAGAAAUGAAACGGGACUGCUAUACAUAUAGAAGUUGUCUGAACAAUUUAUGAUUUUGUCAAAAAUACUGUCAUUAAUAUUGUUUACA